AUGACCGCCGCCGCCUACCGCACCCUCCUUACCUCCGCGUACACAACCAAGCUCGUCCAGUACGCUGCCUCCACCGCAAAGUGCAAUGAAGGCCUCGCCUGUGCGCAGAGAACCCUUCGUGAGCAGUUUUACCUCAAGAGGGAUAAGCUGAUGGUGAAGCUGUGGAAGAAGGAGUUGGCGGGAGUGGAGGCGAGGGUCGAGAGAGAGUUUAAGCGUCGGGCUGCGGCGGCAGAGGGGCAGCCGGGGAGGGCCUAG